ACAUCCCUAUUGCACAUGUGUUUUUGUUGAUUGCGGCUUUAUUUCUUUAUUAUUUUAUAAAUUAAAAUCUAUUUCCUGAAUAAAAAUGACUACCCAGGAAGAUGAGACCAUAGUAUGUUUGCCCGGAGAGCGCCUUUGCCGGACGGAGGACAACAUAGUCUUGGGCAUAGGCACCUACGAGCAAAAUGGCUAUAUAUACGCCUCCAAGUCAGGAAUCGUGAACAUCGAAGAGUCGGGCGAAAAUUGCCAAGUGGUCAGUGUCCACAAACCGGGCUUCCAUCUGACCAUCCCAGCCACUGGAGAUGUGGUCACAGCUAGAGUACUUGUCACAACUCCAAAAUUCGUCAAGUGUGCAAUUUUCUGUGUGCGAAAUGUUCUUCUGGAGAGUAGCUAUCGUGGACUCCUGCGCAAGGAGGAUGUUAGAGAGACGGAGAAGGAUCGUGUGGACAUCUACAAGUCCUUCAAGCCAGGCGAUGUGAUCCUGGCCAGAGUUAUCAACCAGCUGGAUCAAUCAUUCCUUCUGACCACCGCUGAAAACGAACUCGGCGUAGUCAUUGCCUACGCCAGCGAUGCUCGAAAGAACCGGGUGCCCAUGGUUCCGGUUGGUUGGAGUGAAAUGCAGUGCCCCCAGACCACGAUCAAGGAGCCACGCAAAGUGGCCAAGGUCCUGCCAGAGAGUUCAAUAAACGCAGUGAAAUAAGCUUAACCAAAUGGUAA